GCGGCCAACAUAGUAAUGCUGUAUUGAUCUGGUUUCGGGCAUUUACUUCGUACGAGAUGAUCUUGUUUUUCGUACUAGCAGGGUUUGUUCAGUACGAGGGAUUGUACGUUGCGGCAAAGCCUCUGUGUCCCGAGGAAACAUACUAUGACACGUCCACACGUAACUGCGAUCCGUGUAGUCUCAUUUGUUACCGGGCUGAAAUUCAGGGGACAGCAAAAAAGUGCCAGGAACUCUGUCCAGGUUACUCCAUGUCUACACCAUCAACAACACGAGCCGAAACUGAUGAACCUGGGGACGACAACUUAAAAAUCCUGUUGGCUGUAAUUAUGUCCCUUGUGAUCAUAGUUGCAGUUAUAAGUAUUCUCAUCCUCAAGUACAGACAGAAGAUAGCACAAAUAAUAUGCAGCUGGAGACAAACCCCACACGAGGUCAUAGGUCAUGGUCGGAGAGACGCUGGGUCCGGGGUUAAAGCUCACGACCAUCAACCACACAACCUGGAACCAGUUGAUAUGUUAAAUCUGGAAAGACAAGAUGAGGAAAUUAGCAAUGGAGUCGGUGGCGACCAGUCGCGUGCAGUUUUUAAGAAUGCUCAGGAAAGUGAACGAAUGCACACGCAAGAAACUGAUAAGAUGCUUGAAGAGCAAUCUGAACAGACAGGUGGAAAAUACUGAUGGAUUGACUGUUCCGAGG